UUAUGGUUUUUGAUUGGAUUGUUAUGUUUAUCACUCAUUUCCUCUUGUGUCUUCUUUUCAAUUGUCCGGCUUGACAGCGAGCGACAACUUGAUUUAAUAAAUUCCAUCGUUCAGAACGAAAUCAAAGAAAUCUGCGAUUGUGCGAGUCGACCCAAUAUGGACGGAACCUGGACAUUGAGUAAAGCCCAAGACCUAAUCCAAUCAUGUAUGUUACCGCAAUUGAGGGAGGAUUUGGACAACAUUCCAAUAGAGCCGGAGCACUUUAAAUCAUAUCAUGAAUGUCUACGAAUACAGCUGCCCUUGUUGUAUGACUGGAUUGAGCAAGUCAAACCAUGGGAUGGGUGUCCAGAGAAAAAUGAAGAAGUCGACCUACAGGAGGCACAGGCACAAGUCAUAUUACUGCUUUGCGAAUUGUCAGUAAAAGAUACUUUGUACUGUAUUGAUCAGACGGAGUUGUUAAACAAUGCUGAGAGAAUUCUUCAAAGGUUUUCAAACGUCCCGAGAGUGGUACAUGCCAAAUUGUUAAGAUACUACCAAGAGAAAUUGCACAAAGAUACUUGGAAAAGGCAAAUGGGAGCUACAAAUGGCUUUGUAAAAUAUCUUAAGGUUUUUGCGUCCUCCUCUUGUCCGGAUAACUUUAUGGACAAACAACUGCUCAUGUUUUGUUUAUCUGUUGGUCUUAAUAUCAGAACAUGUUACGAAACCCAUUACAAGUUUUUAAGCACGCAAAUAUUUGAAAUAAUGCUCCAGCAAGGGAAUUUUGAUGAAAUCCUUGCCAUGAACAUUCAUAGUGUAAUCUACGAUGCUAUAUUUAAAGAUUUACACAUAAUGGAUUCAAUUGAAUUUAUUCAACACCAAUGGGAUUGUUUAUUAAAAUGUUUUGAUUUCUACAAUGAUAUGGAUAGUUUUACGUGGAGUAAGUUGGACGAUUCUUUAGAAAUCUUGUUGCGGAAUAUACCACUUGCUCCCAAUAGCAUGUCUUCGAUAAAAUUAAUGAAAUAUGUCAGUAUAUUUCUUGUAUUUUUCAAUAUAAAUCGAAUCGAGUUCAAUGAUUGUCUUAAUAUGGAUUUGAUGGAUAUCGAAACAACCAACAAGCUACGUGUUCUUGGCAGUAGCAACACAAGUUAUACAUGUUACAGAUGGGCGAAAACUAUAUUGCAAAUGUUUAUACUGGAAUCGUACCGAUUAAUGCAAAACAUGAAUAUUUGUAUGGAUAUGUUGAUGGAAAUACAUCGUUGUUAUGUUGUCGCCACAUUUCCCAUAAAUCUGGCUGUGAUUGAACCACAUUUAACAACAUUUUUUGAUAAGUUUACAGCAGUCCUAAUGGAAGUUAUAAAAGUACAAAAAUGUGAUAAAAACGUAAUGCAGGUGAUUACAAUGAUUUUCGAAUCCUUUUAUUAUCAUCUCAAGGAAUGUAAUGACCAAUCCAAAUUAUUUAAAUAUAAAAAAGCCUAUUACAGCCUGUUACAUACUGAUACAUUUAAGAAAUAUGUUAAUGUGAAAAAUAUUUUGUAAUUAAUAUAUGAUAUUGUAAAUCAUU